GAUUCACUGAUUCAGUGAUGAAUUGUUUGGAUUUACUGUUAAUAUCGAUCCCAUAUAUGCUAUUAUAUGGCGAUAUUGUCCAAGUCGACUCAUUUAACUUGACUUUAAUACAUAACAAUGACAUUCACUCGCAUUUUGCCCCGGUCAAUGUCUGGAGCAGUCCCUGCGAUGACAAGUCCCUCCAAUCGGGUAAAUGCUUUGGAGGUGUCGCCAGAAUUAUGGCUGAGGUGAAAAGUAUUCGCGAAAAACACAAAAACAAUACACUAUUCCUGAACGCCGGCGACAACUUUCAAGGGACAGUCUGGUACUCGUUAUACAAGUGGCGGAUUGUCUCGCAUUUCACUAAUUUACUCAAAUACGAUGUCAUGACUGUCGGUAAUCAUGAGUUUGAUGACGGCGUCGACGGCUACUCGCCCUUUCUCGACGCCACCAGACUUACCAUUCCCACCGUUUGCUGUAAUAUCGAUGUCUCUAAUGAACCCAAACUCGUGGGUAAAAUUAGGAAGUCUAUUGUCGUCGAAGUGGAUAAUCAUAAGAUAGGGAUCAUUGGAUAUUUAACGCCAGAAACGAGUUUUCUGUCAAAUCCUGGAAAUACAAUCAAAUUCUUGGAUGAGAUUGAGUGCAUCAAAGAGGAGGUCCGCCAACUGAAGAGUCAGGGAAUUAAUAUAAUCAUAGGUUUGGGUCACUCGGGGUUUGUGAAGGACGUGGAGAUCGCUCGAAAUGUGCCGGAUAUUGACGUAAUAGUCGGCGGCCACUCACAUACUCUGCUAUAUUCCGGUGCAAAGCCAUCGGUGGAGGAAGUGAUUGACAAAUACCCGACAAUUAUAAACCACGGCUCACACCAGACACUAGUUCUUCAGGCGUUUGCUUUCGGCAAAUAUUUAGGUUUAAUUGACAUUGAAUUUGAUGGCGACGGCUAUGUUAGUCGUUUUGAGGGCAAACCUAUUCUCUUGGAUAAUACAUUUCCAGAAGACACAGAAUUGGCGAAAGAGGUGACAGAAUAUAACGAUAGAGUGAAACAAAAGUACGGAGAAGUGAUCGGAAAGACGUUUGUCUUACUAGAGGGCGGAUACAAAUGUGAACUCAAAGAAUGCAAUUUAGGAAAUCUGAUUACCGAGGCAACCGUUGUUUACUAUAUGAACAAAAGGCCCCGAAGUGACACCGGAUGGACAGAUGUGGCCAUUUGUGUCACCAAUUCGGGUGGCAUUCGCGCCACCAUUGAUGCCUCCACUCAGGACGGGAACAUCACUUUGGAGAACCUCAUAACUACCCUCCCGUUCAGCAAUAAUAUGAUUAUACUUGAGAUGUCGGGCCAAUUCGUGAGAGAGAUGUUGGAGUUCAGUGUCGCCGGACACGACCCACACUUCAAGAUCCCGAGCGGAAAGUUUCUCCAAAUGUCUGGCCUUCGAGUGGUCUAUAAUCUAACGAAACCUGAUUUCCAAAGAGUGGACAAAGUGGUGGUCCGGUGCGCCAACUGCACUGUUCCCGAGUAUUUACCACUCGAUGAGACACAGGACUACAAAAUACUUGUUCCUAAGUAUAUAGCCGAUGGCGGAGAUGGCUAUCAAAUGCUUAAGAGUAAAGACAUUAAAAGGAUUAGCAGUGAAGUACUCGACUACGAGAUUGUGUCCCAAUAUAUGAGGGAAACGCCGAUUAUUUAUACGGGAGUUGACAACAGAAUUGAAUUUAUUAGUUGA